AUGGCUCCUCGUGUCCCCCUAAUUACUGGAUUACUCUUCUGUCUUGUGAUUGACUGGUCCUCCUCUGUGAUCCCUGUGGAAGAGGAAGACCCCCGUUUCUGGAAUGUCAAAGGUCAGCAGGCUCUGAAAAAAGCUCUGGACCUGAAGCCAAAUCUGCACCGAGCCAAGAACCUCAUCCUCUUCCUGGGAGAUGGCAUGGGCGUCUCCACAGUGACUGCAGCACGGAUUCUCAAGGGACAGAUGGCAGGGAAGACGGGUGAGGAGACUGUCCUGGCCAUGGACACGUUCCCCUACCUCGCCCUGUCCAAGACCUACAAUGUUGACCAGCAGAUGCCUGACAGCGCAGGCACAGCGACUGCCUAUCUGUGUGGCGUCAAGGCAAACUAUGGCACUCUGGGGCUGAGCGCAGCAGCCCGCCGCUACCAGUGCAAAUCUGCCUACGGAAAUGAGGUCAAGUCUGUCCUGCAUCGAGCCAGGAUGGCAGGCAAGUCAGUGGGCAUCAUCUCCACGGCACGGGUACAGCAUGCAUCCCCGGGAGCCAGCUACGCACACACUCCCAACAGGGGCUGGUACAGUGACUCAGACCUGCCCCUCGAUGCAGUGCAGGAUGGCUGCCGGGACAUCGCCUACCAGCUCGUCCACAACACCGACAUCAAUGUCAUUCUUGGAGGGGGACGCGCAUACAUGCUACCCAAGGAGACCAGAGAUCCUGAAUACACUACCCACUUUGGGACCCGAUUAGACAAGACUGACCUUAUCACAGAAUGGCUCAAAAACAAAAAGAAUGCACACUAUGUGUGGAACAAGACUGACUUUGAUGCUGUAGAUGAGGAUGACACAGACUACUUGAUGGGGCUGUUUGAGCCGAAGGAUACCAGAUAUGAGCUGGAACGCAACCCUAACACUGACCCCUCCCUCACUGAGAUGAUGGAGAAGGCAAUCAAAAUCUUGCGGAAGAACCCCAAUGGAUUCUACCUCUUUGUGGAAGAUGAGGGGAGAAUAGACCAUGGUCACCACGACAGCCGGACCAAAUAUGCACUGACGGAGGCUGUAGAGUUUGACCAGGCAAUUGAGAGGGCUGCGGAGAUGACCAGCGAACUGGACACUCUGACUGUGGUUACUGCUGAUCACUCUCACGUCUUCUCCUUUGGAGGAUAUUCAUACAGAGGGAACCCUGUUUUAGGAUUGUCACGUAGUUUAGCUGAUGAUUCAAAGGCCUUUACCACUGCUCUGUAUGGAAAUGGACCAGGAUACCAAGUCAUUAACGGAAGCCGUCCAGAUGUGAACAGUACUAUUACAGGGUUUAAUGAUUACAUACAGCAGUCGGCCGUGCCGCUCGACUCAGAGACCCAUGGCUCAGAAGAUGUGGCCAUAUUUGCCAAGGGCCCCAUGGCCCACCUGUUCCAUGGGGUGCAGGAGCAGAGCUACAUUGCACACGCCAUGGCCUAUGCUGCCUGCCUGGAGCCCUACACUGACUGCCUCCUGGAGGUGGAGCCGGAUCAUGCCGUAUCCCUGCAGUCCAGCCUGCUGGUGCUGCUUCUGGGUCUCCUGCCACCUCUGUUCUCGCUGCUGUCUGCCUGA